UUUCCAUGUGAGGCGCGACGGAGCCCUGGAGGUGGAUAAGCUGGUAGAGCCCGCUCUCUCUCAUGCCAUGCUGGGCCACAAGGGCUCCGGGAGACGCUGCUACAUAUUACCGAGAACCGGGAUGGAGGAGAGGCGGAGGGGGGAAGAAAAAAAGUUUCGUUUAAACCUGGCAGAGGAACUUUCAACAUGAAGCCUCACUGACGCACCAUUUCACCACCACCACAGCAACACCAGCACUAGAACAAAAGCUUGCUUUAACACUGAAUAUAUUUUUCUCCUCCCAGCUUGUGUUUUUCUUCCCUCUUGUAUUUUUCUCUGUGUGUAAGGCUGGUCGGGGCUCGCUGUCACUGCGCGUGCUGAGAUGUUGGAGUGACCAUGGCUGCGCAAGUUGCAUCGGCUCCGACUAGAACUAAUAACAAAAAUAAGAAAUUGUCUAGCGGUUUGGGUCCGGAGCUCAGUUCGGGGAAAUCUGGAGGAGGAGGGACCGUACAGCGGACUGGACCGAUGCUGGGUGCCGGAGAUGGGACUCUGAAUAAUGUAGACCAUCACCGCCGAAACGAGCUCAACAUGGUUCAUUCAACUUCCACGACUCGCAACGCUUCGGACGGCCACGACAAAGAUGGACAUAACCUCACGUCCGCCUCGGCUUCGACUAAUUCAACCUCUUCCUCGAUGGAAACGGGUUUGACCGCGAACCACAAGCUGAAAUGUGUGGGGAGCGGAGAUCCCCCUCAGUCUCAACCGCCGCAGCAGCCGCCGCCGCAAUUCGGCCAGUUUGCGCCACAUCAGCAGCGACAGAUCCAAAGUAACAACACCGCCAACAACAACGGCCAGGGGCCCCGUGGGGACAGGGGUAUGGAUCACCAACACCACGGUGGCAAAGAGAACCUGUUGGGGGGCCAGGGGGAGCCACAGCAGCAGCAUAUGCCAGGGAAAGGUGAGGGGGACCUCACCUGUAAACCCGCGGAGAGGAUGAUGGGUACCAGGUACGAACACUCUAACUUGGGGCCAACUAGUAACAACUCUGAGUUUAAUAACAACUAUUACAGUCCAAGGCCCUGUUAUGAGCAACAUGGCGGACAGCAGCAGCAAAGCAGUGGGAUGGGGAUAACGCACUCCUCGGCACAUAACAGCAUGGAGAACUCCCACGAAGCAGGGUACCACAACAGCCAGUACAAUCAGUACCCGGCGUACCGGGCGGGUUACGGCGGCGGGGCCUACGGAAUGAUGGGCCCCUCCGGAUGCCGGCAACCUGGGAACAUGAUGAUGGGCAGCAACUCCUCAGCAAGCCACGGCAAGUCUCCCCUGGGAGCCGCUUCGGGUGGCUUUCAGAGGUUCCCAGGACAAACACAGCAGCAGCAUCCCUCAGGGGCCACCCCGACACUCAACCAACUGCUGACGUCCCCAAGCCCCAUGAUGCGGGGCUACGGCGGGGCAUAUCAAGACUACAGCGGCUCCACGGCGCAGCAGCAAGCCGGCAUGGGCCUGGGGAAAGACGUGGGGCCCCAGUACGGAACCUCCACGGCCCACGGCUGGGCAGGGCAGCAAAGAAACCACCCUCAUUCAAUGAGUUCAGGCAACGGAGGGCAAGGCCUCGGCAGGACACAGGUGUCCUCCAUGGACUUCAUGGCUAUGAAGCGCUCGCAGCUGUACAGCAUGGCCAACAAUCCCUACUCCACCCCGCAGCAGCCAGGGGGUGGGCCUUACCCUCCUAGCCAGCCAUACACAUCGCCUCCUCCACACAGAUAUCCAAUGAGCAUGCAGGGGAGGGGCCAAAUGGGCAUGGGCGGGAUGCAGUAUCCUCAACAGCAGCAGGUGGCUCCAUAUGGCCAGCAGGGGAUGGGUGGCUACAGCCAGCAGCAGCAGGCGGGGCAGCAGGGAAACCCUCCGUACUUCAGCCCCUCUCAGCAGACCCCUCCAGGCCCGACCCAGAUCCCCUACCUGCAGCCUCGACCACCAACACAACAGGAGGCCCAGCAGGAGACGUACGCCACCAGGGGUCCCGUCCCAGGGAACUCUGGGAAAGCCAACAAUGAGGAUGGCGUCUCCCAGGACCGCCCGUCCAGUCUGCCGCUCUUCAGCACUUUCAAGAAAUGGUCGCAAAUAUUGGCACUGCUUGAGGAUCUGUCCGGCUCGAUUGAUGACCUCCCCACUGGGACGGAGGCUGGUCUGGGCUCAGCCGUCAGCGGCGUUGGCGGCGGCUCCUCCAGCAGCAGCAGCAGUAGCCAAGGGGAGCAGGGAGGGGCCAGUAACCAGGGACAAUCCCCCUUCUCCCCUCACGCCUCCCCCCACCUCCCCAGCCAGAGGAGCGGGCCCUCUCCCUCCCCUGUGGUCUCACCUGCAGGCUCCACUCAGUCCCAGCAGUCACGAUCAGGCUCUGGACCCAUCUCUCCCGCCAGCGGACCCUCAGCCAACACCACCGCACCAGGUUCCACGAUGGCCCCACAGAGCUCUGGGAAUGGACCGGAAGGAGCCCACCCGCCAAUCACCCGCUCACCUAUGGCUCAGGAGAAAGGGUUCAUGUCCAGCAUGCAGAGGAACCAGGCUAGCUCUCAGUUUGCUUCUCCUCAGUCCGGACCUCCUAUGUCCCCCCACCCUUCACCUGGGGGCCCAUUGUAUCCUGGGAUGGGUCCCUACUCCCAGAGUGGCCCUUCUGGCCCUUAUGGACAUCAAGGGUCACAGUAUGGACACCAAGGUAACUAUGCUCGGCCCUCCAACUACAGUGGGCCUGCCAGUACCAGCUACAGCGGCCCCGGCCCCGGCAUGACCAACAGUCUGGGAAUGAAUGCUAGCAGCCCCAUGCACGGCCAGGGGCCCGGCCAGCCCAUACCUGUAGGACGCAGCCAUGGUCCAAGCAGCCAGAACAGGGUUUACCCACCCAUGGCUCCCAGCUCCCCCAGCAUGCCUCAGCCAGCUGGGCCCGGGAUGGGCCCUCCUUCUUUGGGUAGCUCUAAUCGUAAAGCCCAGGAGGCAGCAGCAGCUGCCAUGCCGGGAUCUGCCAACUCAACACACAACAGACAGCCUCCAUAUGCAAGGUCCCCAGCCCAGAUGCAGCCACCCCAACCCACCUCCACCCACUGGCCCACACCCCACCCCACCUCUACCCAUCCUCCCAUCCUGCCAUCCUCACAUUCACAGCACCAUAGGCAGGGGAACUAUCAAGGCCCUGGCAUCAGCCAGGCUAGCACCAUGGCUACCACUGUCCCCUACAGCCAGCCAACAGGAAACAACAGCUCAGCCAUGGGCAACGCACAAGGUCCAGCCUACAAUAUGCCACCUUCAGGAGCCAUGGGGAUGCCGGUAGAUGGGAUGAUGAGCCCAGAUGGGAAACCAAAAUCCGACGCAAAAGACGACAGCGGCCCCACCAACGAGCCUCACAAACCAAAGCUACAGGAUGGCUACAGCCACAAUAACAGCAGCAGUAGUUCCCAGCAGUGCGUGUCCCAGCCUGCCACCCCAGGUGGCGCCCUGCCCGUGCCCUCGCCCCUCUCACCCAGCCCAGCCAGCCUGUCCUCCUACCACGGAGACGACAGCGACAGCAUCAGCAGCCCUCCCUGGCCCCUGAAGACCCCCUCCAGUCCUAAAGCCAACCCUAAUUCCUCCUCCCUCAGUGGGGAGCGAAUCACGCGGCUAUUUGAGCUGGGUGUGGAGCCAGAGAGGCGGGGCUGGGUGGAGCGAUACCUCACCUUCAUGGAGGAGAGGGGCACGCCUGUUGCCCAGCUUCCCGUUGUGGGCAAGAAGGCACUGGAUCUCUGGAAGCUCUACAUAGCUGUUCGGGAGAUUGGAGGCCUCGCCAUGGUAAACAAGAACAAGAAGUGGCGCGAGCUGUCCACCAACCUGAAUGUGGGGACAUCCAGCAGCUCAGCCAGCUCGCUCAAGAAGCAGUACAUCCAGUAUCUGUUUGCCUAUGAGUGUAAGAUGGAGAGAGGAGAAGAUCCGCCAGCAGACAGCAGCAGCAGCGGCAGCAGCAUGGCUGGAGGGGACAGCAGGAAGCAAGUCAAGAUCCAGCCACCCUCACCUGCUAAUUCAGGCGGCUCCCUCCAAGGCCCACAAACGCCCCAGUCCUCUGGCAGCAGCUCUACAGCGGAGGCAGCAGGGGAUCUGAAACCCCCCACACCUGCCACCACCCCUCUGGGACAGGUCACACCACUGCCCCCCAACAGGAGCAGUGUGAGCGUACAGGACCCCUUCUCAGAGGUGAGCGACCCGGCCUUCCAAAAGCGUGCUACCUCUCUGCCCCCCUCAGCUCCUUACCAGCAGGGCCUCGGCAUGCCUGACAUGAUGAUGAGGAUGCAGUACGACGCCAAGGACCCCUUCGCUGGGAUGAGGAAGAUGGCAGGAGCUGAUCCCUACAUGCCAGGCCAGAUGCCCGCUGGUGGCAUGCAGGACAUGUAUGGUCGACCUCCGUCAGCCUUGAGCAUGAGCCAACGGCCGCAGUAUCCAUACGGGCCAGGCUACGACAGGAGACCGGACCAUGUCAUGGGGAUGGAGGGCAACAUGGGUCCCCCUGGGAGUCAGAACAACAUGGGACCUUCUAACAGUGAGGGCAGCAUGUACUCUCCCAGUAGAUACCCUUCACAGCAGAGACACGAUGGCUACAGUCAGCAGUAUCCCAGCAUGCCAUAUGGGAUGCAUCCAUCUGGAAUGUACCCACAGCAACAGGGCUACAAACGGCCCAUGGACGGCAUGUACGGCCCCCCGCCCAAGAGACACGAGAGCGACAUGUAUGCCAUGCAGUACGCUAACCAGCAGCCGGACAUGUACAACCACUACGGUGGUGGGUACUCCGGCCCUGAACACAGACCCAUCCAGGGACAGUUCCCCUACCCCUACCCCCGUGACCGCAUGGCCCCCUCAGGUCAGAGCCAGCACAGUUUGAUGGGUGGGGGGCCCACUCCUAACCAUGCCACCGAUGGCCCCAACAUGUGGCCAUCCAGGACAGAUCUCGGCUAUCCCUACCCCAACAGACAGGGGCCGCCAUCACAAAUGCCACCUUAUGGCUCAAUCGGUAGAGAUGACAUGGACGGGCGGCCCGGGCAGGAGCAGUGGCACCGUCAGUCUCCCUACAUGUCGUCAUCAGGUGGCAUGGCUCCCCUGUCCUCACGCCAGCCAUCUUCUUAUUCCAACUCUCCAUCUAUGGCCAACCACCUGCCCAGAGCACCCAGUCCAGGGGCCUUCCAGCGCUCCAUGGACUCUCGGAUGUCACCCAGCAAAGCACCGUUCAUGUCACCCAUGAAGAUGCCUAAACCUGGGAUGACCAUGAUGGGCUCACAGGGCAGUGGACCUCUUGGUCACUUUCCUCCCAACCUGAGGCGGGACCUCAACUACCCACCAGGAUCAGUGGAGGCCACCAUGCCGAUUCUCAAGCCCCGUCGCAAGCUCACCUCCAAGGACACUGGAACGCCUGAGGCCUGGCGCGUGAUGAUGUCUCUGAAGUCUGGCCUGCUGGCAGAGAGCACAUGGGCUCUAGACACCAUCAACAUCCUGCUGUACGAUGACAGCACUGUGGGCUCCUUUAACCUCUCCCAGUUGCCUGGAUUCCUCGAGCUGAUUGUGGAAUACUUCCGCCGUUACCUGAUCGAGAUCUUUGGCAUCCUCGAAGAGUUUGAGCUGGGGACUGUGGCUGAGAAAAGUCUUUUGGACCCUGCUGCUGAUCAGAAAGAAGAAGCCAUUCCUGACCAGGAAACCGACUAUACCGCCCAACCUGAACCUGAGUCAGCUCCGGCAGCGGAGACGCCGGUGGAGCAAGCAGGAGGCAUCGUGGAGGAAGCUCUACCAGUCACUGCAGAGCCAGAGUCAGCUGAGGUGAACGGUGAGAAGGAGGAGUCUGAGGUAAGCAUCAAGGAAGACAAGAAUGAAGAGGACAGAGAGAAAGAUGGAAAAGAAGAAGAGGGUGAAAAGGGAGAAGAGACUAAAAAGGCAUGUGUUGACCAGCCUGUUGCAGAGCAAGAACCUAAACCUAAACAAGCCAGUAAAUAUGAUAAGCUCCCCAUCAAGAUUGUCCACAAAGAGGACCUGAUUGAAGACAUGACCGAGCACUUAGGUUACGUCACCGAGUUUACCAGCGGGCUGCUACACUGGCAGGCUGGUGGAGGUGAUUCCACCGCACAUAUUCAAACACAAUUUGAACCCCGGAGUGAACCAUCUGCUAGGGCAGAUGGAAAGACGAGAAAAGCAAACAAAGGGGAAAAGAAGCUGGACGAUGGGAAGAAACAACCACUGAAACAUAUCACUGCUACUAUUGACGAUGUUCUGUGUGCUCGGGUUGACGCCCUUUCUUACGCCCACCCUGCACGCUCCUUGCCAUCUUACCCCUUCAGGGUGCAUCAGGAUGGGGAGCAGGACCACAUCACCUUGCUGGAGGACGAGCCUCGCUGCCUGGACGAAGCUCCGCUCUCCACGUCCUCUGCCUGGCAGGACUCUCUGGCCAAGCGGUGCCUCUGCGUCUCCAACAUCGUCCGGAGCCUGUCCUUUAUCCCCGGGAACGACUUGGAUAUGUCACGCCACCCUGCGCUGGUUCUUCUUCUGGGCAGGCUGCUCCUGCUGCACCACCAGCACCCGGAGAGGAACAGAUGGCCCCCUAGCUACCAGAGGGACGAACAGCAGGAGCAGGGGCUGUCGAGUAGCAAAGAGGAGUGGUGGUGGGAGUGUCUGAGUCUGCUCAGGGAGAAUGCUAUGGUCACUCUGGCCAACAUUUCGGGUCAGCUUGAUCUCUCCACCUAUCCAGACACUAUCUGCCUCCCCAUCUUGGAUGGCCUUCUCCACUGGAUGGUAUGCCCUUCAGCUGAAGCCCAGGACCCCUUCCCAUCAGCAGCACCCUACUCCCAGCUCACUCCCCAGAGGCUGGUGCUGGAGUGUCUCUGCAAGCUGAGCAUCCAGGGCGGUAACGUUGACCUCCUGCUUGCAACGCCGCCUUUCAGCCGACAGGAGAAACUCUUCACAGUCUUGGUCCGCUUCGUGGGUCAGAGGAAGGCCCAGGUGUACAGGGAGAUGGCAGUGGCUGUUCUCUCCCACCUGGCACAAGGAGACCCCACAGCGGCACGUGCCAUAGCCAUGCAGAAGGGCAGCGUGGGUAAUGUGGUAGGCUUCUUGGAGGAUGGUGUUAGCAUGGCACAGUACCAGCAGAACCCUCACAGCUUGCUGCACAUGGGGCACCCCCCUAUGGACCCACCUAGCAUAAACAUGAUGUGCAGAGCAGCUAAAGGCCUGUUGGCUAUGGCUAAAGUGGAGGAAAACAAGACAGAUUUUGUGCUGUACGAAAGCAGAUUAUUAGACAUCUCCAUUUCCUCUGUGCUCAACGCGGGGGUGGCAGCUAUUAUUUGCCAAGUUCUCUUUCACUUAGGGAAAUUAUGACAAGAGGAGAGGCAGGACUCACACAGCAGACGCUAAGGCGUACAAGAUACUUUUGUGGUUUUCUAUUUUUAUUUAUCAAAAUGACAGAAUUCUUUUUUUUUUUUUUUUUAAGAAAUAUCCACAUAAAAAAUAUCUCUAUAUAUGUAAAGCUUUUGGGCCGUGUUGGAAAAAAACGUGUGUUUGGGAUUUAAAAAAACUCAUUUUAAUACAAAUAUUUAAUACCUGCUGGUGUUGGAUUGCUACUCUUGUUUGGCAUUUUUUUGUUUUUUUUGUUUACUUUUUCAGCCAAAGCUGCCACCAGACGUUGGUGCUGAAUUAUGUGGUUCCUUUUGAGUCGAUGAGUCGUGGAGAUGUUUUUCAGUUUUAUAAAUGCUAAUAUACUCAUCAACAUUUUGUUAAUGGAGAGUAUUUAUUUAAAAUGUGACACUGUACAGUAGUUUGAAUUGUUUUUGCCAACAGUUAUGGGGGGAAAAAACACUAACUUUUCAAAUUGAAAUGUAUAUGUCUCCAUCGCUGGAAGAUAAAUUGUGCAAUAGGACUCUAGAGCAAGUUGUCCCUUUUUGAGAACAAGAAGACUCUUUAAAGACACCUGCAGUGUGUGCUUUAGGCCAUGAGGAGGCAGCAUUGAACCAGCCAAUCAACAUACAGUAAGAGAAGAGCAUCUGUUAAAAUAAGUGUCUAAUUUAUCAAUCAUAGCCUCAACGAUUUUCACAGAUGAACUUUGUGUUUCCUAAGCACUUGUGUUAUGUCUGUAUUUUUUCAUCACUGUGUAUAUAAACCGUUGUACAAUGGACACACAUGAUUCUUUCAGUCUCAAUCAAGCAUAGCAAGAGACUCUCCGACUAUUAUAACAAAUGCUUUUAUUGUUGGUCAAAUUUGUUAUUGUUAUUAUACAUAUUUUGUUAAUGGGGUCAAAUAUUUGAACAUGGCAGAUGUAACUGGUGUUUUGAUGUAAAAAUUCCUGUAUGCAUUGUAUAAUAGCUGAGAAAACAAUCGCUUUGGUAAUCAAACGUGGAAGUGCCAGGGUGAGAGGAUAUCUAGUCGAGGUUACAUGAGAAAACUGAACACAUUUUCUGUUUACUGUUACUGUCCUCCAUUCAUGUCAAUGGGCAUAUUUUUGAAUCUAGAUAAUGCUCUACAAGAAACGUGUGAAAAGAACCUUCAAAAUGUCCUGAAAGCUCAUUGUAAAAUUUGCCUUUUUUUCGUAUGACUCCUUGUCUCUCUUUUAUUCAGUAUACACAUUUAUACUCUGUGCUGCACAUGUCACAAAUAAAUGUACGAUGAACAUCGUUAAGCACUGGAGACGUUGCAUUAUGUCCAGACAAUCUUAGGCCAAUAAAACAAACAUCAACUGCUUA